AUGACUCUCACUCAGUUCGAAACCGAUGCCCUCGCGGGCCUUUGCACGCAGGAACAGCUCGAGCUCCUAGAUUCCAUUGACACUCUCCGAUCUCAAGGAAUCAGCCAUUAUGUCUCUCUACCGCAGAUCAUUGUCUGUGGAGAUCAAUCCUCCGGGAAAAGCUCCGUUCUCGAAGCAAUCUCUGGAGUCUCGUUCCCAGUCAAAAGCAGUCUAUGCACCAGGUUUCCAACUGAAUUGGUUCUUAGAAAGAACUCGCAGGUGGGAGUUCGGGUCUCCAUUGUACCCUAUCAAUCGCGCAGCGAAGUGGAGCAGAGCUCUCUUGGUCGCUUCUCUGAACAGCUGGAUGGCUUUGACGGCCUCCCCGCACUUAUAGAGAAUGCAAAGGCUGCAAUGGGGAUCUCGACCCACGGGAAAGCGUUUUCUAAUGAUCUACUACGGGUGGAAGUUUCAGGACCCGAUCGGCCACAUCUUACAAUCGUCGAUCUUCCGGGGUUGAUACACUCAGAAACACGACAGCAGUCGGCAGCGGAUGUGCAGUUGGUCCAGGAGGUGGUGCAGUCAUACAUGAGAGAGCCACGGAGUAUUAUCCUUGCCGUUGUCUCCGCCAAGAACGACUUUGCGAACCAAAUCGUCCUCCGUCUUGCACGCGACGCCGACUCAACAGGGACUCGAACGCUCGGAGUGAUUUCCAAGCCGGAUAUGCUGGUACCAGGAUCUGAGAGUGAAGCGUCAUUUGUAUCGCUUGCCAAGAACCAGGAGGUAGAGUUCCGCUUGGGAUGGCACGUCUUACGAAACACGGACUCAGACAAAGGCCAGUGGAGCUUGGCAGACCGAAAUGCUCAAGAGCGUGACUUUUUUGCGCAGGGAAUUUGGGAAGAGCUAUCCCGGUCCCUUGUCGGCGUGGAAACCUUGAGGAAUCGUCUAAGCAGUCUUCUUCUUGGCCAGAUUUCGAAUGAGUUGCCUAGUCUGAUUGAGGAGAUUAAUUCUAAAAUUACGGUCUGUCAGCAGGAGCUGACCAAGCUUGGCAAUCCACGCUCGACAAUCGAUGAGCAACGGUCGUAUCUCUUGCAGAUCAGUCAAGGGUUUCAAUCCAUUGUCAAAGCAGCAGUGGAUGGUACUUACAAUGAGCCAUUCUUUGGAGAUGCGACGACGGACGCUGGCUGCCAGAAACGUAUUCGUGCGGUGAUUCAAAACUUGAAUGAGGACUUCACGAAAGACAUUUUCAAGUCCGGCCACUUAUACCAUUUGGUGGAUCAAAGUCAAGAACCUCUAUCAAGCCACCAGAUCUCAAUAUCUCGGAGCAACUAUGUGCAGAACAUAGAAACACUUCUCAAGAAGACCCGGGGCCGAGAAUUGCCUGGGACUUUCAAUCCUAUGAUCGUGAAAGACUUAUUCCAGGAGCAGUGUACUCCGUGGAAAAACAUUGCCCAAAAUCAUGUCGCUGCGGCCUGGGCAGCUGCACAGAGUUUCCUUCAACUUGCCGUCGACCAUGUGGCCGAUAGCGCGACGUCAAAAUCCCUCUUCCAGAAAGUCAUCUUACCGGCUCUAACGACCCAACGCCAGAACUUGGAAAGGGCGUGCAACGAUUUUCUAAUGCCUCAUUUGCAAGGCCAUCCUAUUACCUACAAUCACUCUUUCACCGAGACACUGCAAAAGACCCGUGCUGAUCUCCAAAAAGAGGCACUCCGCAAAGCUCUUCAAUCGCACUUCAAAGUUGAGACUCUAACCACUUCCCAUGCGGUGGAUUAUGGGAUCAAUCUUCAGGGCCUUUUUAACUCUCUUCUGAAGACCAUACCUAGCAUGACAUGCUUUGCCUCCGAAGAAGCGCUUGAUUGCAUGCUUGCGUACUACCAAAUAAAGGUCGCACUCAAACGGUUUGUGGAUGAUAUUGCUACGGAAGUGGUGGAAGUAAAACUCUUGAGUGCGUUGACUGGGCUAUUUGACCCAAUGACAGCAUUUCAGAUGCCUAUAGACCUAGUGAAUCAAAUCGCUGGUGAAUCGAAGGAGAGCCAAGGCCUCCGAGAGCAGCUGAAUAGAAAGCUUUGGAUUCUAAACCAGGGAUCAAAUACCUGCAGGCGGUUCGCCGGUACUAGAGGGAUUGGUAAGGCAAUAAAUCCUAUCUUUAGCUUCAUACUGACUGAUUGCAAGAUCCAAAUUUUGAUACGAUAG